AUGCCCUUCAAAACACCGCCACCAACUCCCCAAUACAGCAAAAUCAGCUUCCCAACCCCGCACAUCCUCCUCGUCACGCUCUCGCGCCCCAAAGACCUCAACUGCAUCAACUCGACCGGCCAUGCAGAACUUCAUGCGAUCUGGGAAUGGAUGGACGAGGAGCCCUCGGUCCGCGUUGGGAUCAUAACUGGUGAGGGGAGAGCAUUCUGUGCGGGGGCAGAUUUGAAGGAAUGGAAUAACAGCACGCAAUCCUCCAAACCGCGCGCCCCAAUGCCGCCCUCGGGCUUUGGGGGGCUCUCACGCCGCACAGGCAAAAAGCCUAUAAUUGCAGCCGUGAACGGACUGGCGCUCGGCGGAGGCUGCGAGAUGAUUACAAAUACCGAUAUCGUUAUAUCCUCGGAGAAGGCGUUCUUCGGGUUCCCUGAGGUGCAGCGUGGGGUGGUUGCGUGGGCGGGGGCACUGCCAAGAAUCGUGCGAACAGUGGGCAAGCAGCGGGCGAUGGAGAUGGUGCUUACAGGGCGGAGGGUAGAGGCGAGGGAGGCGGAGAAGUGGGGAUUUGUGAAUGAGGUUGUGGGUGGUGAGAAGGUGGUUGAGAGGGCCGUUGAGGUUGCGGCGCAGAUUGCGGAGAAUAGCCCUGAUGCGGUUAUAGUGAGCCGCGAGGGGGUUAAGAUGGGGUGGGAGGGAGUAGGUGCGGAAGAAGGGACGCGGUUGAUUACUGAAGCUUGGGAAAAGAAGCUGAAUGCCGGUAACAAUAUCAAGGAGGGUCUGAGGGCAUUUGUGGAAAAGAGGAAGCCACAUUGGGGAGAAAGUAAGCUGUAG